AUGCCUGCAGCGGUCAAACAACUAUCCACUUGUCGUUACUGGGCUCUCGGAUCACGUUGUCCCAAUAUUGACGCCUUCGGCACGAAUAUCUGUCAGUAUGCACACUGGGACACAGGUAAACUGGCGGGCCAUCUUGAACAACGUGGUACUUGCAUCCCUUGGAAGUACUACGGCUAUUGUGGUCGGGGUGCCGGCUGCUGGUACGAGCAUAGACGCACAGGAGUGGAUGGAUUGUACCAAGGGACCAUCGAACUCGAUGGCUUCGGAUUGCAGGUUGCGGAUGCAGCCAACAAAGCGGGCUUCAACACCUUCAAUCAUGAAGCAUUGUAUCGUCUCAUUUGGGCUGUGAAAAGGGUUGCUUUGCACUCAGGUGUUAACCGGUUCGGUCACCGUCCUCCCCCUCGUCACCCGAUUUAUCCUGACAGGUAUCGACCAAGUGGCAUCGGAGACAAUACCAACAAAAAGAGAAAGAAAAAGGCUAUAGCCAUAAAGCCGCCUCCAAAUCAUACGGUCGAGCUCAAGUUCCAUCCGGUCGAGCCUUUGAUGCGAAAGCGUCCACAUGAUACCAUUGCGGAAGAGAACCUGAUCGACCUGACCACAUCCUCUGACGAUGGAAAUACGACUGACAUCAAAAGCUCGCCGAACACCACAGCAAAAAGACAAAAGACUUCGGAUAACACCACCCUCAAGGCAUUUCCGAAUGCCGCGCAAGCUACCAUCCAUGCGCUUUCGAAGCGUGUCAACAGCGUUAAGCCGCCACAAAAGGCUGUUCCGAGAACCGUACGUCCACCGCCCGCUACUGUGGAAGACGAGAUUGUGAAGCAGUUAUCGCUCGUGAAGACCAAGCUGGACGAUGCUAGAAAGAGCAUGAAUACCUGCCAAGCAACCAUGAAAUCACUGUUCGAUGUGCAUUAUGAAAAAUUUGACGAUGACCAGAUCAUGGUCGGUUUUCAGAAGUUGAGCAACCUUAUGAACAAGGUCUUUGACGCCAGCAAGGAUGGCGCAGCUGAGGUCGAGAAAGUCAUCGAGUGUUUCAGAGAAAAGAAGGCCGGUAUAUUGUGAAGGAGGAGAAUAUUCGCAUUAUGAUGCCGUUAGAGGUUAUUGUUGCCGAGGUGCUUACACAUGUAUUCGAUCACCCCCCUGUUAGUCAGCAGCACAGCUGCAAUUACUGUACAUGGCAGGCACCUGUAACUGCAUAUAUCACACGCAGUGCUACAAAUAAGAUAUCAGCUUCGAAGUCAAAAUUGCUAUGUUUUCAAAG